AUGAGCUCUUUGCGCAUAUUCUACGGAAGCUCCCACGUACAGCUGAAUGGUAUCGUCACCACGCAUGGAUCGAACCCUGCCUAUUCUCUCAAGCUGUCACCGGACGGCCGGUUUUUGGCGAUAGGAAACGAUGUCGGCUUACUCGAAAUCAACAAUGUAGACACGGCAGAGAUCUCGGGAUAUAUACACCUUCUGCAGUUCAGCCCAGAUGGUGGAAGUCUUGCUAUUGGCCAUGGACAGUCGCUUUCCAUUGUUAAGGACCCUUUUAUGUUCUCAGACGAUCUCGGGACAUUGGAAAAAUUAAAUCUGCCAUUGCAGAGCGAUAUUCAAAACUUCACCGAAUAUCAGCUUGCGCGUGGUGUGUUUUUUGCUUCCAAACGAAUAGUUAUUGUCACAUUUUUAGGACGAAAGGGGAUCAUCUUGGGCUCAGCUGCAAUCUCUCCCUCUGGAGAGCGCUUGGCUGUCAUGAAUCUUACCGAUGGAAUUGACUUUUAUUCCACUACCCAUCGGCGUCUACUCAGUACAACACGCUAUGGCCUCUCGACGAGAAACCCUCCGCGAAAUCUGAUUGUUGAUAUUAUUUUUAUUGACGAGGAUACAGUUGCCUUUGGCCAUUCUGAUGGGUACGUAGCAUUUGCGACAUUCGGAAUUGGGGAGAUAUCCAGAACCUUUAGCAUUGACGGGCAUCGUUUCAGAGCCCCAAUUCAAACAAUAACAUUUGGCUUUGUGGAACGCCGACCAUUUGUCUUUGCUAUUGUUCACCCCUUCGAUCCGUGGAUUCCUUCGCGCGACCCUCGUGCUAUUAAUAUCCAUAUCGGGCUCAUAGAUAACGAGGGAGAAUCGGGCAUUGGGUCAGAUGUACUAGUAACCUAUGAGCCCGCAGUUCAUCCAGUGGAUUCGACGUCCAGUGCCAAUAUCCUUCACUUGACACCUACUCAAGCAAUCAUCCUAAUUCUUGUUACAAUUGGAACAACAAUUUACGGCCAAGCCCAGCUUGAGUGGCAAACAUCGACUUCCAGCUCAGUAGCGAUGAUUUCAACAGUCUUGGAUCCUACCGAAACAACCCAGAUUACUUCAUCCUCUACCGCCCUUAUGGGAUCGCCGCCAACUUCUCCCGGUCAUUCUUUGUACGCGUUCACACUAUCCGGUAUAGUCACAGGUUCUGGAGCCCUCGCGCUACCUGCUACUAGAACCGAUGGUGUACAGUAA